CUGAAAUAAGCCUAAAGCACUCAUUGUACCUCCUUAGACGCUUCAUUUCUACGUCUGACAGCCAUUCUUUCACUCUCAAAGGGCAUGGAAUAAACAAACCUCACCGGAGCGCCGUCGACUCGAUUCUCACCAUCGGAUUCACACCAGAAUCGCCAGAGAAAACAACGACAAUGGCAUCCAACGGACCCCCGCGGUACUCGGGACCUCCCUCGUACUCUGCUGCACUGGACGAGGAAGGCUACAGCAAUGUCGACUUGAAUGGUAACAACGCUUCAACCAUGCGCUUGUUGACAUCUCAUGAAGAAUACAGACCUCCUACACCAGUUCAGAGUUCGUAUCAUCCAUCUACGACAUCCCUGCCGCACACCUCUCAUUCACGAGCGCAUUCUGUCGUGGACACGGCACCAGAAAUCCCACCGCCUUCUGCCAAUGCUCCUCCUUACAUGUCCGGUUAUCGACCCAUGUCACCAGGCAGAACUUCGCCGACGCGUUCAUGGUCCCCAUCGGUAGAGUCGACCGCGAAUGCUUGGCCACGUCCGCCUGCUUCGAGCGUGCCUUAUGAGCCAGAGCAUAUUAAUGGUAGUCCAAGACCGGGAACGCCAGCCUCGCAGUACGGAGGAAGUCCGAGACGUCCUCUACCUCCGCAGCCACUUUUCGCUGGCGGAAGACCAGUUUCGAGGGAAUCGAACACGGGAUCGUUCAGUGCGGCGACUAUACCCAUUGAUGAGGACCGUGAUCCGGACGAUGUCUUUGGCCCAGACAGCGAAAGUAGACCAGACCUUAACAGACCAGAAUCGUUCCAGUCAGAAUCAACUUUUACGGACGAUUUGUACGAUGAGAAGACGGAGCACUAUGGCCCUGCGCCGGAUGGCAAACAGAUGCGACGGGGUGUCAGACAGGCGGUCAUGACACGGAAGGAGGUACGCCUCGUGAACGGUGAACUCAUCCUGGAGUGUAAAAUUCCCACCAUCCUCUACAGCUUCCUCCCGCGGCGCGACGACAUCGAGUUCACACACAUGCGAUACACGGCCGUAACGUGCGACCCGGAUGACUUCGUGGCACGAGGCUACAAACUGCGACAGAACUACGGGAGCACGUUGCGUGAAACGGAGCUGUUCAUCUGCAUCACCAUGUACAACGAGAACGAAAUCGACUUCACGCGCACGAUGCACAACGUGAUGCGGAACAUAUCGCACUUCUGCUCGCGCGCAAAGUCGCGAACGUGGGGCAAGGACGGCUGGCAAAAGAUUGUAGUAUGCAUCAUCUCGGACGGCCGACACAAGGUGCAUCCGAGAACUCUUGACGUCCUGGCUGCCAUGGGUGUGUAUCAGGACGGCAUCGCGAAAAACCUGGUCAACCAGAAAGAGGUCACCGCUCACGUGUACGAAUACACGACCCAAGUCUCGCUCGAUUCCGAUCUCAAGUUCAAGGGCGCCGAGAAAGGCAUUGUGCCCUGCCAGAUGAUCUUCUGUCUGAAAGAGAAGAACCAGAAGAAGUUGAACUCCCAUCGUUGGUUCUUCAAUGCCUUUGGGCGGGCGCUCAACCCAAAUAUCUGCAUUUUGCUGGACGUGGGCACAAAACCGGGAGCCACGUCUCUUUAUCACUUGUGGAAGGCUUUUGACAACGAUUCGAGUGUUGCCGGUGCUGCCGGGGAAAUCAAGGCUGGCAAGGGCAAGGCGUGGCUCGGCCUGCUUAACCCACUGGUAGCGUCGCAAAACUUUGAGUACAAGAUGUCGAACAUCCUGGACAAGCCCUUGGAAUCGGUUUUCGGUUACAUUACCGUCUUGCCAGGUGCGCUCAGCGCAUAUCGCUAUCACGCGCUGCAAAACGACUCAACUGGUCACGGUCCUCUCAGCCAAUACUUUAAAGGCGAAACACUCCACGGCCAGGAUGCGGAUGUGUUCACGGCCAACAUGUAUCUUGCGGAGGACCGCAUUCUCUGCUGGGAGCUAGUUGCGAAGCGUAAUGAGCAAUGGGUCUUGAAAUACGUAAAAGCUGCUACUGGUGAGACUGAUGUUCCAGAUGCCGUGCCCGAAUUCGUGUCCCAACGUCGUCGUUGGCUGAACGGAGCGUUCUUCGCUGCGGUGUACUCCCUGAUCCACUUCAAGCAGAUCUGGAAAACCGAUCACACCGUCUGGCGUAAGAUUCUCCUCCACAUUGAAUUCGUAUACCAGUUUGUCUCUUUGUUGUUCACCUUCUUCUCACUGGCCAACUUUUACCUGACGUUCUAUUUCAUCGCCGGCUCGCUUGCGGACGCCAAGAUGGAUCCAUUCGGUCAUAACAUCGGCAAAGUCAUUUUCGUAAUACUCCGGUAUGCGUGUGUGUUGCUUAUCUGCGUGCAAUUCAUCCUGUCCAUGGGUAAUCGCCCACAAGGUGCGAAGAAGAUGUAUUUGUCCAGCAUGAUCGUAUACGGUAUAAUCAUGGCCUACACUACCUUUUCGGCUUUGUACAUCGUCGUCGUACAGCUGAAGGAUCCCAAGACCAAAUUCGAGAUCGGAAACAACAUCUUCACCAACAUGAUCGUCUCCACGGUCAGCACCAUCGGCAUCUACUUCCUGAUGAGCUUUCUGUACCUUGAUCCAUGGCACAUGUUCACCUCGUCAGCACAGUACUUUGCUCUUUUGCCGAGCUAUAUUUGCACACUUCAGGUGUAUGCAUUCUGCAACGCCCACGAUGUUACUUGGGGGACGAAGGGAGACAACGUUCUGAACACUGAUCUCGGCGCCGCGAAAGGCAAAGGCAGCGGCAAUGUUGUCGAGCUGGACAUGCCGUCCGAGCAACUAGAUAUCGACUCCGGCUAUCAUGAAGCGCUGCGCAAGCUACGCGACAGGGUCGAGGUUCCCAAGCCUGGAAUAUCCGAAGCGCAAGCUCAAGAAGACUAUUAUCGGGCGGUCCGCACGUACAUGGUCAUUGUUUGGCUUGUCUGCAACGCGAUUCUCGCCAUGUCAGUCAGCGAAGCAUAUUCCGAAACGUCGACGGGAGAGAACUUUUAUCUGAAGUUCAUCUUGUGGUCUGUCGCUGCACUGGCCUUAUUCCGUGCUAUUGGUAGCACAGCGUUCUUGGUCAUCAAUGCCAUUCACUCUAUUGCCGAAGGCAAGUUGAAGUGGAGCGACAAGUGGGAGGGCAGAAGCAGUGUUGUAAGUUCGGCGAGCGGAAGUAAGAGGUGGUUCACCACUCCGGAAUGGAUGAGUUCCAGCGGCAGAUGGGUGAGCUCGAAGAUUAGCCAGGGUGCUAGAAGCACUCUGGGAAGUCUUUCAGGCAGAUGAUCUGCGUAGAGAAUAAUGGGUGAUGUGACUUUACGGUUGUACGAUUACAAAGAUAGGAUCAUGGCGUUGAUUGAAAAUUUAAGUGGACUGGCCUUUGCAGCCUGGUUGUCGUCCUGCCUGCUG